AUGUAUGGCCUGGGACCCGCCUAUGAAGUUGGUAAAUCAACUCUCGCCGCACGGUCCGUGCCCAGCCAUUCAAAUGACUCCCUGGAAUUACUAUUUCAUAUUGACCCCACCUCCUCUGUAAUUCGUGUAGCCAAUUCACAGUGGCUAGACCGCGAAGUACUCUGUCCAUUUGCUUCAGGUAACAAUAAGGAGUGUAGUCUGGCCUACGCUGUCUCUAUCAGUGCAAAAGCCAAGACGCCCCUGCGGUUAACUCCCCAACAGUCCUGGAUACGUGUGAAGAUUGUGGUCGAGGAUAUUAACGACAACGCACCACGGUUUCAGGCCAUUAAUGACAGUGAACUGGCAACGGCCUCGCAGACGGCCUGCAACCUCCAUCUGCAGUUGAGUGAGGCUGUCCAGAUCGGAACAAAGCUAAAACUGCCCGACGCCAUUGAUCUGGACAGUCAGGCCAACGGUCUACCAAUCUACCAAUUUACCUGCCAGGAUCCUGACCAGGUAGGGGACACUUUCACCCUGCGACAGUCGCGAGCAGAGAACGGGGUGAACCGGAUCUGGCUCCUGCUGAGUAACCCGCUGGAUUAUGAGCGGCAAGCAGCUUACAAUUGCACGCUCACAGCUUGCGACAGCGGCACACCCAUCCUCUGUUCCUCCCUACACGUCUGCAUCACCGUGCACGACAGUUACUUCCGCGUGGACUCCAAGACGGGUGAUCUCAUCCUGAAGCGGCGUCUCACCGGUGGCACAAAGUACCACUUUUGGGCUGAGGCUCGAGACGGUGGUGAACCGGAGUCACGUUCAGCGCGCAUACCAGUCUCCGUACUUGUUACUGAUGUGAACAAUCACGCCCCGCGUAUCGACGUCCUGCCAGCUGCUGUACGCGUACAAGUCGGCGGAAAAAGCACAACUGCGGGGGACUCGGUACGCUCCGUCAUGUCACAGGUGCGCUCCGCACCCUGUGAACUGACGUACGGAUUUGCCGACAGCAGUGAGGGCAACCGGGCCUGUGACCAACACAGUCUGGUGCGCAUAUUUGAGGAUAAUAUAGCCCCCUCGAGCAUCGCCUUUCUACGCGUCUCGGACGAGGAUAAGGGGGAGAAUGCGCGGGAGAGUCUGCCCGUGGGAUCCAAUGUGAUUCAGCUGGGCGUGAAAGAUCAGGACUCGUUGCCGCGAGGAAGUAGCAAAGCUAGUCCUGCUGUUGUGACGGAUUUGCUUCUGCUCAAAUUCAGUCUGGAUUCGAACAAAACACUUCCCUUCGCUAUUGAUACCCUCUCUGGUCGCAUCUAUUCCACGGAGCAGCUUGAUGCUGAAACGCGAACGGAAUAUAAUCUAACGAGUCCAAUGAAAGGUUUUAUUUGCAAGUAUAUGCUACCAAUUGUUGCUCCCUAUUAG